AUGUCUCUUGAAUUUGGAUAUUCUCAGCCUACAACCCCACCGGCCAUCUCGCUGCAGGUGCAGAUCGAAUUGGCGCAGAGUGGAAAUUUGUCAAAUUCGUCAAUUUACUCCAAUGAUUCAUCUCCUUGGUCCACCAUGACUGGCAAUACGAGUCCAACUACGUCACCCACUCGGCACCACCACGGUCCCGCACUUCUUCCCAAGAUUCGCCCGCAAGAUAUCAUCAUCGAGCCGAUAUCUGUCGGGGGACCUAUUCGCCAUCGCCGGGUGCUAUCCAACACCCGUAACCCACCAGGAUUCGUGCCUUACCCGAGUCGGCCGCCGGUUGAGCGUCGCAGAGAAUAUGCACCGGAACAAUUGCCUUUGGCUUCGCCAAUCUCCCCCAUCUCUACUAGCGGUCAUGGUAGCUAUUCAGCCCUGUCGUCUCCAGUGACGGUGCAUCCCUCUCAGAAACGUAAAGUGGGCGGAGGACACUCUCGGUCUUUGUCGACGUCCGGGAUCGACGAGGCCACUCUCAAUCGAUACGGAUAUCCAACCUAUAGACAGCUACCCAAGUAUGUGCCUGCACCGCAAUCGCAAACUGUGCCAACGACACCGGCUACUCCAGUGACGCCUGUCACUCCGAACAUCGUGAUUCAUCCAUCUUAUUCAAAUAGACACGCAAUCAAAGUCCCGCAACUGUCUCCAGUACGAGCUCCAACCUCGUUGACUGUCCAAUCGCCUCAGUACAACUAUAUCCACGCAUCCGAGUCCCAGAAAACACCAACAGCGUUGCUGAGCCCACGGGACACCCUGACUCCGCCAUCGACCAAUUUGAUAUCCUACUUGACGUCACCUACGCAGGCAAUCAACCUUGUGCGCAAUGUGAGUGUUGUGCCUACACGAGGCAUGCAUGAUUACUUCUGGUGGGAUAUUCGUAACCUGCGCAACUGGACCUCCUUCUCGAUUCCAACUUUUGACUCAAUUCGAGGUCUCACACAAUUGCUCAAAACCGAUAUCUCGAGCUCGCUCGUUCCCCCGGUCAAUAUCCUUCCUAGUCGUCUAUCACCCGAGUCAGAACCUGCUCUUGUCAGCUUGAUUCAGGAUCUCUAUGCUCCACGUGUCAAUGCUGCACUAGCAGUGUCUCAGGGCUCGGAGCAUCUCCAGCUGUACGCUGCUCCUGAUAUUCGACACACCGGUCACAAGAACCACGGCCAUCCACACUUUCUCGCCAACUACGCUUCGGAUACCGAACGCACAAGCGCCGGUCUUCCGCGUGGCCGGCUGGUGGGCAUCGUCAAAAGUUUUGACCGGUGGAAUUCCGGAAUGCGCAACGAGGCUCCGCACAGACGAGUCGAGUAUCUUAAUGGUCUGGCACAUUUACAGCGCUGCAUGCGCGAGCAUUCCUGUCGGUAUGGAUUCAUUAUCACGGAGAUUGAAUUAGUCUGUGUCCGAGCAGGCUGUGACGUUGGUGACGAUGUUCCUUACUUUGGGUUUCUGGAAAUCGCCGCACCUAUUCCUCUCAAGACCGCCGCGGCCCCGACUGUCACUUCCCUUCAUGAGCCUGCCCCCUUGGCAACCCCCAUCAGUGCACGAUCCUUCUCAUCUUCCUCUCACGGAUCAUCAAUGCACUCGCGCCAGGACUCACCCGGCCCAGAAAACGCGGAGGAAAAUCUCACGACUCCCAUGACCGCGAGCAUGGCCCUCUAUUUCCUCCUUAUGCUGUCCAAGUCUGUCCCGCUACCGCAUCAGCCAUCUGCCCAUCUCAACGUCGGUGGACCCGGAGCGCUCACACGGCAACGAAUCCUUCCAGAGCCCAAAGACAAAUGGAUUCCCGAGCCCCAGAUUGGUGAGCGCCGUGAUGCGAAGCGUGUUCGUGGCUGGGUGUGGCCCACUGAUGCAUGGCAUCGGCGAGAAGGUGGCGGUGCACCACGGACAAGGGCCGCCAAUGGGCAGACUAAGAAGUGGCACAAAUGA